AUGGCUACCCCCGACAGACCGUCUGUCCCUCCCGUGGUUGUCUCGCAACAUGACUCGCCAUCUCAGACGCAACAACCUCCCAGCUCCAUACCUUCCGAGGACUUUCACUCAGGAUCCUCCGCCGGCCGAUCCCCUUCGUCGUGUGACUCCGACCAUGAGGGACGAGCACUCACUCAGACCGCGACACAGACGUCGCGUCGUUCACAGUCCCAGUCGUUGGCCCGCACCGUUUCGAGAAUCACGACUCGUGGUACCUCAUACACCUCCGACCCACGGUACGAGGUCGACUUCGCGGCCGAUGACCCGGACGACCCUCGUAACUGGCCGCUCUGGUACAAGUCCAUGGGCCUGUUUGCUCUGUCGUUCGGUACACUGGGCGUGGUCAUGUACUCGACCUCCUAUACGUCUGGCAUGGCGCAGAUGAUGGUCGAGUUCGGUGUCAAAUCAGAGGCCGUCGCGACCUUGGGCGUCACGUUUUACCUCCUCGGCCUGGCGAUUGGGUGUUUGAUCGUGGCCCCCAUCGCAGAGACCUACGGGCGGAAACCCGUGUACAUCGUAUGUUCAGCCAUGUUCACGAUCCUGGUCAUCCCCGCGGCGCUCUCACAAGACAUCACGAGCAUCAUUGUCGCGCGGUUCUUUGGCGCCAUCUUCGCGAGUGCGUUGAUCGCAAACGCCCCGGGCUCGAUAGCAGACCUCAUCAACGACGAGUGGCGGGGUACGGCCUUUUCGAUCUGGAGUAUCGGUCCGAUGAAUGGGCCUGUGGUCGGCCCUACGAUUGGCGGGUUCGUCACGCAAUCACUCGGUUGGCGCUGGACGAAUUGGAUCGCCAUGAUCUGGUCGGGUGUGGCGUUUGUGUUCUUGUUGAUGUUCAAAGAGACCUACGCACCGGUGCUGUUGCAGCGCAAGGCCAAGAAACUGCGACGUGAAGAGCAGGACAACCGGUAUUGGAGUCGGUACGACGUGCGUGUGGGCUUUGUCGAGCUGAUGAAGAUCAAUCUGAGCCGACCGUUUAUCAUGGCGGUCAAGGAGCCCAUUUGCAUCUUCUGGAACGUGUACAUCUCGCUCGUCUACGGAAUCUUGUAUCUUUGUUUCGUGGCGUACCCCAUCGUCUUCACCGAGGAACGCGGCUGGUCUGUCGGUCUCAGCGGACUUUCGUUCAUGGGGAUCGGAAUUGGCACCAUGCUGAUGAUCUGCCUGGCGUCGCCCGUUAAGAAAAUGAUCAACUCGCACAAGCGCGAUGAGAAUGGGAACGUCCCGCCCGAGGCGAUGUUGAGUAUCGUCUGCAUAGCGGCCGUCCUCAUUCCCGCGGGCGAACUGUGGUUCGCCUGGACCUGCUACCCGACCAACAUCCACUGGGCCCUGCCGAUCGCCGCCGGUAUCCCCUUUGGAUGCGGAAACGCCGCCGUGUUCAUCUACUCUGGAAACUAUCUGGCGUACAGUUACGGGAUCUACGCGGCGAGCGCGAUGGCCGGUAACGCGGUGAUGAGGUCGAUCAUGGGCGGAGCACUCCCACUGGCGGGCCCGCCGUUGUACCGUGCCCUCGGCGCGAAUUGGGCCGGGACGCUGUUGGGACUGCUGGAGGUGGUGAUCAUCCCGAUUCCGUUCCUGUUCUACCGGUACGGCCGGAAGAUCCGCGAGCGGUCCACCAUGAUCCGGGAGAUGCGCGAGAACGAGGAACGACAGGAACGAAAGAAGAAAAAGGCCGAAGAGCGAUUGCGACUGGCGAUGCAGACCGGCGACGAGGACGAAAAGCAAGACGCCCAGGUCAACCUGUGUCGUGUCAGGAGCCGCAUGGACGAAGAGGCCGACAUUGAAGGCUUGGGGCUCGAGAGGUUGAACACGAUCCAGGGCCUCACCCGGGAGAACCUGAAGGACCAGUUCCAAGAGAAGCAGGUGAUAAGGGAACGAUCUCGGGACCGGUCGAGGAAGCGAGAGGAGGAAAGACUCGAAGAGGGCGGUCGGGUGAAGGAAUGA